AUGACACUAAAUAUAGCCAGAACGUCGGGGACUCAGGCGAACGCGUCGGCCGUAAGACAGUUGAAUGAGUACAUAAGGACAAGUUUUAGGGGCCUACUGCACCGAGACAGACUUCUCUCGCAAGGCUCGCUCGAGACGAACAACAUAAUCGAUGGAGCUCGUCUCACCGUGCUGCCAAACGUCGAAACAGGCAUCAUGAGCCAGAAACCGGACAUACAUAGCGUGAUGAAGGCGUUAGAGAAUUUGAGCGACAGCCAGGUGAACGACUUCCUGACGGGAAAGUCCCCUUUGACCUUGGCCUGGCGCUUCGAAGAUCACAUGAUGUUCGUCCAGCUGCAACUCUCAACGAUGGUGCCUGGCGCCACGAGGCUGCGGCGUACCAGCACGGUAGCGCCCCCUAGGCCGUCGUCAGCGUCGUUGGUGCCGUCGUCACCGUCAGCGUCGUCGGUGCUGUCGUCACCGUCAGCGUCGUCGGUGCAGUCGUCACCGUCAGCGUCGUCGGUGCCGUCGUCACCGUCAGCGUCGUCGAUGCCGUCGUCACCGUCAGCGUCGUCGAUGAUGUCGACAUCAUCAGCGUCGUCGUCGUCAUCGCCGUCGACAUCAUCAGCGUCGUCGUCGUCAUCGCCGCCGCCAAUGUUGCCUCGGUCGGUGUCUUUGGCUGCGAGCGAGCGGACGACGAGUCCGGCGUCGUCGAUUCCCACGCUGGACAUGAAGGCACUUGAACAAGCCAGCCGCAAUCUGACGCACAGGUUGAAGCGCCUGUCGAACACACCCGAAGGACCGAAGGAAACGGCGACCCCACCUCAACCGGCCGGUGCGAUCAUAGAAAGUCUGAAGGCACAUGGCAAGGGCGUCUACUCUGGAACGUUCUCCGGUACGCUAAACCCGAGCCUCACCGACAAGAAGGGCAGACCGAAACGUAGCAUCGCCACCGUUAUACACAUUCUCAACGACCUGCUGGGAGCGCAUCCGACGGCGAAGGUCCAGCCUCAGCGACUGCACGGUUUCACGCAGGAAUUGAAUAGGCAAAGAAUGAGUCCCUCGGGGCUGCACGGCAAGCCGGCAGCGGCGGCUGGCAGAUUCGCCGAGCGCUGCAUCUCCAGAAACGCUGCGACAGACGACAGAGCAAAGCUUCGUCAGGAAAAUAUGCACUUGAAAGGGAAAAUGGAGCAACUGCAGCUGAUGAUGGAAGAACGCCGCGUAAAGAGGCAGAUGCGGAGGGAUGCGAGAGCGCCGCAUCCAUACACAGUACACAGCAAGGCAUCGAUGGAGCCGAAAGAGGACGCUGCGAGCGAUGUGAUGGACGUCGACUCGGAGAAGGAAUCGGUGGAGCCGUGUCCGGUCGUUUGAUUGCCUUCGCCGGCUAGGUUUCUGGAAUGCGCCGCACGCGCGCGGGCGAAGAGACGUGGUCACCCAGUCUCGCUACUCGUUUUGUCGAGUUUUCUUCCGAUCGGAUUCUGCGCUGUGGGAAAGCCACGGCGGCUGUCGCUCCUACCGAGGUAGCUCGCUGUACGGAAUCACGCCCGGUACUAGGUGCGCGCUACCUAAAGCGUUGUGCGUGUGUAUAUAGCGGGCGUUGGUAGCCCUCGCCAGUUUACUCUAACCGUAAGUUAAUGUUACUGGUGACGUGCAACUGCGCUCUUGUACGAUGGUGCGUGUAAUCGGUUCUAUCAUGAUGACUCAGGAAAAGACGUAUCUGCUAUACAAUUGAGCAUCAUUGUUUGUUAGUGCGUGUGCUCUGAUGUCAUGGCACACGCGCAUGCGCGGUAAUUGGGGACGAAUGCAAUCACGUGUGGAAGAUGGUAGUGGGAAUUAAGAUUCCCCCACAAGCUCGCAAGUUCGCAUGAACGAUGUAUACAGUGUUGUUGCAGCUUUUGCUACGAGACUCGUCACUCCCGCAAGUGCUAAGACUAACGGUUUGCAACAAACCUUAAUUGAUAACAAAUAAUAUCAAAGUGUAAAGCCUUACAGAAGUGUAAGGAAGCUAGCCUAUUUCUAAUAUUGUCACGCUGAUAUUUCAACGCUAACGUUAUUUCUUUCAUUUGAUUAUUCAACACGUGUAUUUUGUUGGAGGUGCGUUGGUGAAAAGGUUAGUAGAACGUUCAUAUUGGCAUUCAAUUUUAUUGCCCUUUUGGAUUUUAUUAUUUACAUUACGUUAUUAUAAUACUGUUGUGACAUCAAUCAAUGAUUAUGUAUAUGGGUUCUUGCAAUAUCGUUGCCAGCGCCUGUCAGAGUGGUUUAAUUUGAAUGUAUUACUAAAUACCAGUAAAAACGUUGAAGUACUUUAUCUUGCGUGUAUUGAAAACGUCAGACGACGUGAUGAUUCUAAUGAAUGGAUCGAAUUGAUUAGGUUAAAUAACCUUUGGAUUUACUAAAUAAUUGUAUUACGAACGACCUUUGAUGAAAUAGAUUUAGCGCAUGUUUGUUAUUAAUCUUGACGGUAACGUCGUGUGUGUGAUCAGGGAUCUGAAACGUGGCAUCCCAUGUUCUUCAUCUAUGAUCCGAUUGAUAGUAUAACUAGUGUAACGUAACAUUGUACCGCGCAACUUCGUUAUUGAGCUAGUUUAAUAGUUUACAUGCGCUCUUGUUCACGUGACAAGAGUGCGACACGCGGUACAUAUAUACCGUUAUAUCAUUGUAGCAAUUCUUGCAAGGCAUAUAACAUGCAAUGUCAUCAUUACAAUGCGAAGUCACUUACUCUGUUAUCUCUAUGGCGAAGGGCCAGGAUUACCCUACUUUAAAUGAAGCUGUCAUAGUUUACGGCUACGCUAUAUGAUAUCUAAUAGAUAUGCGUACGCAUGUGUAACCAGUAGCUGCUAUCUGCUAAGCAAUCAACAACAAUACCAGGAGCGACAUACAUAAUAUCAGGAGUAGAUAAUAGAAGAUAUAAUCUUCUAUUAUCUACUCCUGAUAAUAUUAUAGGUAGUCGAACUAUGGAUCAGCAGUAUGUCCACGCUGAGCUUGUCUACCCGUAGCCUAUUUUCUAUUAUAUUAUAUACUUUGCUUCCGUGUUAUUCCUUAAAACUAAAACAUGUCACGUGAUAGCAGGUUACGGUGGCUACGGUGUCGUUUAAAAGAUUACGUACGACACGAAUAUCGCAGCCAUUGGGACUAGUCAAUGCAAGGCGCGUGGAACAUUGAGAAAAGUAGCAAGAAAAAACGUGAAAACUGCGAGGCUUGUAACAACUUGCAUAGCAAGAUAACGUCAUGCGCGCUCAAAUGCCGCUUCUACAUCGUAUGAUCGACAGAUGACACGACAUUAGCUAUGUCAACAAGGUCAAUAAUUCUAUAUGGUUUCUAUAUGACAAAGUGUCUAUGUACAGUAAAGGUAAUUAACGCAAAUAUAGUUUAUUGUGACGCGUGUAUGUGCGUGUGUGCAUAUGUGCGUGCUGGUGCGUGUGUAUAUAGCAACUUUAACUUGGAAAUAUUUGUAGCAUGUUCAUGUGGGGAUUAAAACAGUUACACAGUUUAACAGUUUUUUUUCAUUGGAAAA